ACAGAAACCUCAGAUAACUGUUCGAACACGAUUGGAAAACGCAUCACCAAAUCACAAGCCUCAAAAUGACUACGCAGAUUCCAGAAGUCACCUGGGCGCAACGCUCCUCAAGUACCGAGCCUGAGAAGAACUACGUAUACCUCACCAUCGUUGCCGCCGACGUACCAGAGUCGGAUCUGAAGCUCGACCUCAAGGAGCAGUCACUCAGCUUCAAGGGUACCUCAACAUCUAAGAAAGUCACAUACGCCGUUGACCUCGAGUUUUACGCGGAGAUCGAUCCCAAGGAGUCAAAGAUCCAUCACAGCGGCCGUGAUGUCACAUUGGUACUGCGCAAGAAGGAACUUAAGGAGGAGUACUGGCCUCGUCUGCUGAAAGACAGCAAGAAGAUGCACUUCCUCAAGACCAAUUUCGACAAGUGGGUCGAUGAGGAUGAGCAAGACGAGGCACCCGAGGACGAGUCCAUGAACCAGAUGAACCCUAUGGGCGGCGCUGGUGGUGAUGGUGGCUUCGGUGGCAUCGACUUCAGUAAGCUCGGCGGUGCUGGAGGCAUGGGAGGCAUGGGAGGCAUGGCUGGCAUGCCUGGUAUGGGCGGUAUGGACCUGAGCAGCAUGGGAAUGGACGCUGGUGGCGACGAUAGCGACGAUGACGACGACGACAUGCCCGAACUCGAGAACGACGAGGACAGCAAGGACAAGACACCCGCAGCAGAUGCAGCAGGUGAGAAGUCCAAGAUCGAGGAGCUUGCUUAGGUGUUGUUUCUUCUCGCAUCAAGCAUUUGACUGGCACGAGACGGGGUGCGUGGCGCGCAUGUACUGGCUGGCGCUACCACUCUAUCUUUGGGGGGAAAUUCGGAGUCCGAUUCCUUGACAAGGCGCGGAAUGCCUCUAUGAGUUUGUUGCUCGGGACCCUGGCGUGCGGAUGUAGGUGAUGAUGACAUUACGGAGUAUAUGAUAAAACAAUACGAACCAUGUUUUCAUGACUGAACCAAA